AUGAGUGAAAUAAUUUCUAAAGAAUAUGUUACGAGCAUUGUAAAUAAUGUCGCUCUUGCUUGUAAUUUGAAAGACUGGUGUUAUUUAGAAGGAAAAUUGGAUAAUACAGCUCAAAAUUAUUUUGGAGUUCUCAUUCCAGUGGUUAUUGAGGGCGAGGAUAUGAAUGGAAUUAUACAGUUAAAACUUGUGCUAAAAUUAGCACCUACUGAUGAUAGGUAUCGCAUUAGUGGUGCAGUAACUACAAUGUUUGCGAGAGAAAUAUUUGUUUAUUCUGAAGUAUUUCGUAUAUUUGAAGAUUAUCAACAGCAUUUGGAGGCUGAUUCUCAAUACAUUAAACCAAAAUGCUAUUAUGUUUGCCAGGACUACUGCAAAGAAGUGAUUGCAAUGCAAAAUAUGUGUGAAAUUGGAUACAAACCAUUUGUUCACAGUUUGUUCCUUGAUAUUGAUCAUACAAUUGUUUCUUUGAAAAGUCUUGCAAAGUUUCAUGCAUUAUCAUUUAUUUUGAUUUAUAAAGAAGAUGGCAUUUAUGAACAUGUUAAGAAAAUUUGUUUGCCAUUAUCAGAAAAGACAAAUAAAAGAUACAUGGAUAUUUUACUAGAUAGAUUGGACAAAGCAAUAUGCAAGUUUGAAAAUUCUGAUUAUGUGCCAUUAUUAAAGAAUUUAAAACAGAAUUGUCGUACAUAUAUUGAAGCAGCUUAUUUGUCAUCAGAGAAGAAUUGCUUAUGCCAUGGAGAUAUAUGGAAAGAAAAUAUUCUUUUUAAGUAUAAGGAUAAUUUGCCUGUCUCUGCCUGUUUGAUAGACUAUCAAACUGUGAGGUUGUGUAGUCCUGCUUUUGACGUUUUAUAUCUAAUAACAAGCAGUACUAGUAGUGAAUUGAGAAAAGAAUAUUACUCAGCCCUCCUGGAUAUUUACUACAAAACAUUGUUGGAGUUUUUAUAUAAAGCUAAAUUUGACGGACUGAUAACCUAUAGUAACAGUCAAUUUCAUAGUGAUUUAAAAUUGGUAGCACCUGCAUGUUUGAUUGUAGCAAAUACAGCAUUAUGGUUAUGGAAUGGAUUACAAGAGGAAGGGCAUGUAAGAAGUAAACACAUUUGGCACACAGAAAGUGAGAAAGCAAAAGCUGUUGAUCAAUAUAAGGCAGUUAUAAAAGGAAUAAUUGACGAUUUCCAAGUUUAUGGAUAUUUGGCUGUCGUGUCAAGUGGAAGUUGA